AUGAAAUUCUUCUUAAUAACACUUUGUGUUGCUGCUACUGUUUUAUCAACUGAAGCCAACUUAAAAGAUGAUUUCCGGGAAAUUGGUGCUUUGGUGCCAGUAGAUAGAGUCAAAGCUAUUGUUGCAAAACACUUAACAUUAAAUAAAUUAUUUGGGGAUUUCAUUAAGUUUGUUAAAACCGAUGAAUUCUCAAAACUAUGGAGUGAACUUGUUUCAAAUGCGGAGUUCCGUGGUAUUGUGACAUAUAUCGAAAGUUCUGGCUAUAAAUUAUCCGAAGAUUUAAACAAAUUAGCUGAACUUUUGAAAGUGGCUCGUUACCCUGAUGAUGAAUUAGUUAUAAUGCCAAGAACUGUCAAUAGUUUCUUAAGAGAUUUAUUAAAUGCUAUGCCAAAAGAUGACAUUUCUACUUUAAUGAAAUUGAAGAUGAAAACUAGCCCUGAAUUCAAUACUUUCAUGACAAGGUUAAAUCACCCUGAUUUCAAGGGAUUGGUUGAUAAAUUUUUGACUGCUUCUAGUACAGCUAAUAUUCGUAACACAUUAUCAAAGAAAGGUGUAGAUUUGAAGAAAAUUUUUGAAAAAAGCUUUGAAAUCCUUAAAUGGUCACAAUAA